GUUUGGAACUCUCUUCUGCAAACAGCAGUGGAUGCUAGAUCAAUUGUUAAUUUUAAAUCUGAGAUCCAUAACUUGUUGUCAAGCAAAGGUAUUAAGGGAUAUUGUCCAGAAGCAGUUACAUGGAUUUAGACCACUGAUCAGCCAUGAUCUCAUUGAAUUGCAGAAUAGGCUCCAGGGGCUGAAUGACCUACUCUUGUUCCUAUUUAUUUAGCGUCAUAGUCAUACAGCAUGGAAACAGACCCUUCGGUCCAAUCAGUCCAUGCCUGCGCUUGGUCCAUAUUCCUCCAAACACUUCUUAUUCACGUACUCAUCUAAAUAUCUUUUAAAUGUCUUUCUAAAUCUCUUAAAAAGACAAAAUUUUACUCAGGGAUUGUUUAAAACAAACCCAACGACCGUGAAAUGGUGAUGAACGAAUUUUCUGUUCAGGAGCCGAUCGUUGCUCAUGAAAUACAAAGCAAAAAUUCCCCAUUGUAGCAAUUGUUAGUACAGUCACUGCAAAUCAUCGUUGCAAAGAUCCAGCUCAAACCAGAUAGGCUUUCCCUUUCAUCUGUGCCAAAAACAGGGCUUGAGUCUCGAGGUUACAUCAUCCACCGUCCCAGAGGUUUGAUUGACAGGCGACCCCGGCUCUCCGUCCCACCCACAACGGCCGGCCCGCCUCCUGAGGGCGAUCUACGUUCUCCCAUUGGCUUUGGCUGACGUCCAUCAGCCGCGAGGUGACAAUGGAGCCCACAGCUGAUUGGUGAACGUGGCUAUCACUCACCGGGAGCUCCCUGUCAAUCAUUCUGGGUGUUACACUCCGUCCCGGGGCGUAGCUACACCCUUCCCCCCCAACACACACACACACACACACACACACAGUAUAUAAAAAGUAGACCGGCUGAAAGCAGCUCGGAGCGGAUCGGAGCAGAGCAAGGGCAGGGCACGGGCGGUUGGAGCUCGCAUAUUCACCGGUGGCGACCAGCUGGCUUGCCGGAUGGAGCCUUACACCGCUCCGUGCCCCGUUUGCCCGGCUUGGUACGGCAGCAACAGGUGGGUCCGCAAGUCCCGCAAGAAAGCCUCGGCCAACAUCUUCCAGGACGUGGACCUGGGGCAGAUGCAAGCGCUGUUCAGGAAGAGCGGGGACGAGAACGCCGAGGAGCGGGCAAGGAUCAUCUGGGAGAAGGAGAAGCACGGGGACCAGGACAUUGCACAGGCUCUGAUGGAGCUCAAAUCCAGGAAGACGCAGCUCUUUUUCCAGCACCAUAAAACUGGAGCAGAAUUCUUGGGGCUGCUCUGGAUGAAAGCCUUUAACAGACUGCGUAUCAAGGAUGGAGGAAAGGGUUCUGAGUACGAAUCCAGCGGCAGCGUGGAGCGAUCGCAAAGGAGCAAGAUUAAGCGAAAAAGACUUAGUGCUAAGAAAUCCUUCAGAAAACUGCUGUAAAACUGGGAUUGUUGUUUAUGGAGGCUGGUGCGAAAUUCCUCGUCAUUAAUUUGCACGAAAUUAAAACAAACAAUGACUGCAACUUGCUGGGGAGAUGACUCGUCUGCAUUUGUAUUAAUAUAUUUCGUUUCGAAUACGAAACGUCUGUCUGUUCUGCCUUUGUAAUUUUUUUAUUAUUUAAAAUUCGAAACACUAAAAAAAAAGUAUCUUUUGGAUGACCAAUUUCGUUCCGUUAUAUGUUUUCUGCAUUUCAAUAAAUUUGUCAGAAAAAGUGCAA